UUUAGAGACUGAGCGAGCGGUUUAAGUAGAGUUAAGCAAAACCGUCAGAGAACCGAUCGCAUGACGAAAUGUCUUCAUAUUCGGUGUUUAGCCACAUCCCCGUGGCUGAUCCGAACACAGGGGCGAAACUUUUCUCAGAUUUCAAUCGAGACUCCCACCGCGACAAGGUUUUCCUAGCGGGGAAGGAGUAUGUCGGCGAGGGUGGUCGUUCCGCGCUGCUUCCUCUUAUCCGGAAAAUCAAACAGCAGAUGAACUCCGACCCGACCCUUAACCCCGAGUAUCUGCCUUCGCUGGGGCUCCCACAUUUCACCAGGAGAGCGUCGGAACUGGCCUUAGGCAAAGACAGCCGCGCAAUUCUGGAAAAUAGGGUCAUAGGCGUGCAGGUGGUGGGCGGCUCUGGAGCAGUGCGCCUGGGGGCGGAGCUGCUGAAAUGCAGAUAUGGCGAUGGCUCAUCAUGGCGAGGCCCUGUCCUCCUCCCAUCUCCGUUUGACGAAUCAUUAUCUUGGAUCUUUAAGGCAGCAGGUGUCGGAGAUGUUCAGUGCUACCACUACUGGGAUGGCGAGCAACGAGGUGUGUGUGUGGGGAAGAUGAUGGAGGACUUGGAGAAAGCUCCAGAACAAAGUGUGGUGGUCCUCUCCGUUGUGGGACACUGGCCCACCGGAUCUGAUCUCUCACAGGGCGAAUGGAAGCACGUGGUGGAAGUCCUGGGGACUCGCCGGCUUCUCCCAUUCUUCCUGCUGCGUGCCCAGGGGUUGUGCAGCGGUGAGCCGGAGGAGGACGCCUGGCCUCUGAGAUAUGCCGUGGCUCAGGGGCUGGAGCUCCUCUGUGCCCAGUCCUUCUCCCAUAACUUCGGCCUCUACGGAGAGAGAGUGGGCCACCUCCUUUGUGUUUUAAAAGAAAAUGACAAUCUGCUGGCUGUCCAAUCCCAAGCAGAGAAGCUUGUUCAAGCACUCUGGGCCCACCCACCAUUAGAAGGGGCCAGAGUAGUCACAACUGUACUAAGCAAUCCUGCACACCUAGUUGAAUGGCUGGACGGGCUGAAGGGCAUUGCGGAGAGAUGCAUGGUGAUGCGGGAACGCCUUCGUGAGAAGUUGCGUCUUCUCGGGGGCACCUGGGAACACCUGGUAAAGUCCAGGGGACUCUACUGCUGCAUCGGACUGACCGUUCAACAGGUUGCAUUUCUGGCGAGGAAGAGACACGUUUACCUGCUCCCAGAGGGCUGUCUAAACGUGAGUGCCAUUAACAGCCGUAAUCUUGACUAUGUGGCAGAAUCCAUUCAUCUAGCACUGACAUCACAUAUCUGAUCUUAAAGACAUCAAAUAAUGCUGUUUGGUUAAGAUAACCUUGUUCUCCUCAUUUCUUUCUGUCCUGAUCAUUAAUAUAGCAGCAUCUUUAGGUAUAGG